AUUGAGAUUACGGUUGUCCUUCUACUUUUUUCUGAUCUCUGAGAAUUCCAAUUCUUGUAGCUGCAUUUCCUGUGUGUGUUUUCCCAGCUCACCGGAAAAGCUGCUGUCCUAGAGGCUUGUGAAAGCAGCUUUCGGCGAGAAGGAAAGACUUCCGGGCCCAGUCUGCCGCGCAAAGAACCGAGCUUCCAAAGCUACUUGAAAGAAAUCAACAUCAUCCUGAGCCCGAACUUGUCGCAACCCACAACAAUUUCCUCAACACUCUCCACUCUCCUCUCAUAAAGGCCUCCCGCCUUUCUCCCUACCUUGGUCAGGUCUUUGCGCAAAGAACUUGUCCACGAUGCCACCAAUUGGUGAUGAUACCGUGCAAACGCUGCAAGACUUGGUCCAGAAGCUUGAAUCGCGGGUGAAGCAGCUCGAGGACAAGUUGAACCAUGCUCAAGCCGGUACCACGCAUACUGUAGCAGAAGGCGUUCGCAUGAUCUUAAUGGGCCCUCCUGGAGCAGGAAAGGGAACUCAAGCACCAAAGAUCAAGGAACGAUUCUCAUGUUGUCACUUGGCCACCGGAGACAUGCUUCGAUCACAGGUUGCGAAGAAGACACCUUUAGGGAAGGAAGCCAAGAAGAUUAUGGACCAAGGUGGUCUCGUCAGCGACGAGAUCGUCAUUGGUAUGAUCAAGGCUGAGCUUGAGACAAACCAGGAAUGCAAAGGAGGCUUCAUCCUUGACGGUUUCCCACGAACAGUUGUUCAGGCAGAGCGAUUGGACUCCAUGCUUGCGGACCGAAACCAAAAAUUACAGCAUGCUGUCGAGCUUCAGAUUGAUGAUGGGCUUCUUGUCUCGCGGAUAACUGGUCGUUUGGUUCACCCAGCUUCUGGCCGCUCAUACCACAAGAUUUUCAAUCCACCCAAGGAAGACAUGAAGGAUGAUAUCACCGGCGAGCCCUUAAUCCAACGAUCAGACGAUAAUGCUGAGGCUUUGAAAAAGAGACUUGUGACAUACCACCAACAGACUGCUCCCGUUGUUGGUUAUUAUCAAAAGACUAGUAUUUGGAAAGGUAUUGACGCCAGCCAAGAACCUGGACAAGUUUGGAAGAGUUUGCUCGGGGUUUUCGAUGCCGAAAAGAAAAAGCCAAGCCUGCUCAGCAAGAUUACUGGACACUAAGCUUGCAUCGGAAAUAGACACAGUGUCACCAGGUCAGGAAAAGUUACGAAAGAUGUGUGAUUAAGUUUGUGGACAUGGAACAUAGAUUCAUGUUCGCCUCUUAAAGAGCGGGAGGGCGACUGCACGACUGUACGACCCCUUAGCACAUGGGUUUCAUGCCCAGUAAUUAGGGGGUUGGUCCGGUCUAUGUACAAUAGCUUUUCUCUCUCGUACAAUCAAGAACGUUAAUGGCUUAUGCACGAUUUCACUUCCCCAUACCAUUCUAAUAUCCGGAACCGUGAUUGUUCCUUUCCCCGUCG